AUUUUGCAGAUAUUAUGGGAGAACAAAGAUGAGAUAGAUGGUAUCUCACAUUUGAUAUAUGUAUCUAGAGAAAAGAGGCCAAAACAUCUACAUCAUUUCAAAGCUGGAGCCAUGAAUGUUUUGACGAGAGUCUCCGCGUUGAUGACGAAUGCUCCAUUUAUUCUAAAUGUGGACUGUGAUAUGUUCGCUAAUAAUCACAAAGUGAUUCUCCAUGGAAUGUGCCUUAUGCUCGGAUUAGAUGAAGAGGCCUCCUGUGGCUAUGCUCAACUUCCUCAAAGAUUUCAUGGAACUCUUAAAGAUGAUCCCUUUGGAAACAAGCUGGAGGUCUUACAGAAGUUUGUAGGAGAAGGGAUUGCAGGGAUUCAGGGUCCUUUAAAUGGAGGAACUGGAUCCUUUCACAGGCGAAAAAUUAUUUAUGGUUGUUCACCCUCCCAACUUGAAGGCCAGGAAAAAACUACACAUGAAUCGUUCCCUUGCAAAGAGUUAAAAAGAGUAUUUGGAAACUCCGAAGAGCUUAUACAGUCUACAAAUGUGACAAUUAUGCAAGAAGCCAAGCCAGGAUUGUCUUUCAACACUGAAGUUUCAAGCAAAAUAGAAAUAGCCAAGCAAGUAGCUGCAUCCACCUACGAGCAAAACACAAGCUGGGGUAAAGAGAUAGGAUGGAUGUAUGGGUCUAUGAAUGAAGACGUUUUAACUGGGAUUAGAAUUCAUUCCAUGGGCUGGAAGUCUGCCCACUUUGAUCCUAACCCAGCUGGCUUUCUUGGACUUUCCCCUUCAGGCGGCCCAGAAAGCCUUACACAGUACAAGAGAUGGGCUACGGGCCUCCUAGAAAUUCUUAUCGAUAGACAAGGUCCACUGCAGGGCACACUUACGAAGCGACUCCAGUUCCGCCAGUGCCUUGCAUAUGUACUUCUCAGUACCUGGGCUCUCCGCUCGAUCCCUGAGUUGAUCUAUGCUCUUCUCCCAGCUUACUGUCUCAUCAGUGGAACCUCCUUUUUGCCCAAGGCUUCGGAGCGAGAGUUCCUGCUGGUUGCAACGCUGUUCGCCAGUUACAUCAUCUACUGCGUCGCAGAAUUCAAGCUGUGCGGGAAGUCGUACCGUGAAUGGUGGAACAAUCACCGCAUGCAGCGCAUAACUCCCAUCACCGCGUUCCUCUUCGGCUUCCUCUCCGUCGUCUUCAAACUCCUCGGCGUCUCCGAUACCGUCUUUGAGGUCACCCGAAAGAACCAAUCACCUCAAACUGGCCAGGUUGAACCGGGGCGGUUCACCUUCGACCGGUCACCGGUAUUUAUCUCUGGCACGGCGGUGGUGCUGGUGCACAUCAUGGCGGCGGGGAUGGUCUUGCUCCGGCUGGCGGGUUGGGCGACUGGAGGGGAGGCGAAGGGAUCGGGAGUGGGAGAGAUGGUGUGCUGCGGGUGGAUUUUGGUGGCCUUCGGGCCGUUUGUGAGGGGGUUGUUUGGGAAUGGGAGUUAUGGGAUUCCAUGGUCGGUGGUGAUCAAAGCAGGAGCUUUUUCGGUUUUUUUCUUCCGACUUUCUGUGAGUCUUUGAGAUU